CCUUCCUUCAUCAGUCAUCACAUCUCCUCUCCUCUUCCCCCUUCCAAUUUCCAUUCCAUUCUCCUCCUCUGUCCUCUUCUCCAUGGGAAACUGUGAUGAGGCCACAAAAAAGAAUGUUCUUGUAUGCCCCCUGCCAUAAACAUUCCUAGGACCACAUCCGCACCCAAAGACCCAAACAAACCCAAGAACCACCCCCCUGUUUCGGCCUGCACUUCACUUUACUCUCUCUCUCUCCCAGUUCUUCUACCACUGCAGGAGCAGGGAUUGCUGGUUUCUUGGGUUGAUUCUUUGGUUGGUGGUUUCUUCUCUUGGAGUUCUGAUUUGGGGGGCUCGAGUUCCUGUCUCAAAGUUUCGAUUUUGGGGGGGUUCUUGGGGGUGUCGGUGUUGAUGGUUUAGCGAGGGAUUUUUCUGUUGGGGGGUUUAGGUUGGUGUAGAUCAGAGUUUUUUUUGGCUUCGAAAGGCAUCUGCUUUCCUUGCGUGGGUGUGGGAAUUUCAGGAGUUUUGGGAGGAUUUGUUUUUCCUUUUGGGGGUUGAAGUAAUCUCUUGUUCUGUAGAUGUGCAACUUCGUCUGGCUGCUCCGUGUAAUCUGCACGAUCUUCAGCUUCGCCCUCUGAUGGUAUUCAGUCCGUGUUCUUCACUUUGGCGAUUUUAGAGUGGAUUGAGUUUUUUUUCCUCGGGGGAAAGUGGUGUUCUUGUUACUUUUUUCUCAAUUUCCUUAUUAGGGUUUGGUGUAAGAGUGUGUGGAAAGCUCGAACCAUUCAGCCUUUGAUCUGAAGAAACUCUGGUGGGCUGGUGGUUCAUUGAUGUAGUGGUAUCCAUCGUCCUGACCAUUUUGGAGGAGCUCCACCAUGGCCUGCCUGAAGCUAGGAUCAAGAGCUGAUGUCUUCAGAAAGCAAGGACAAGACUGGUAUUGCACAACCGGUCUUCCUAGUGAUAUAACCGUCACAGUUGGGGAGCAAUCUUUUCAUCUUCACAAGUUUCCUCUAUUAUCAAAGAGUGGCCUUUUGGAGCGUUGUAUCCGAGAGAAGAUUGAGAAUGGAGACAACAGUUGUGUCAUUGACCUAUCGGAUAUUCCUGGGGGAGCAAAGGCUUUUGAACUAACUGCUAAGUUCUGCUAUGGUGUUAAGUUCGAAAUGACUGCCUCCAAUGUUGUGCAUCUUCGCUGUGCUGCUGAAUAUCUCGAGAUGACUGAAGAGAUUGCUGAGGGGAAUUUGAUUGCGCAGACAGAGAACUUCCUUACCCAAACAGUCCUUAGGAGUUGGAAAGAUUCAAUCAAGGCCCUCCAUACCUGUGAUGACAUCAUUGAUCUUGCUGAAAAAUUGCAAAUCGUAAAGAGGUGCAUCGACUCAGUUGCAACUAGAUCAUGUACUGAUCCUGAUUUAUUUGGGUGGCCAGUUGUCCAGUACGGAGGCCCCAUGCAGAGUCCAGGAGGAAGCGUCUUGUGGAAUGGCAUUAGCACCGGAGCAAGGCCAAGACAUAGCAGCCCUGAUUGGUGGUAUGAUGAUGUUUCAUGCUUAAGCCUUCCAUUAUACAAAAAAGUAAUCUCAGCUAUGGAAUACCGAGGAAUCAAUCAGGAUAUUAUUGUUGGAUCCUUGAACCACUAUGCCAAAAGGCGUUUACCUGGCCUGAAUCGGCGUAAAAGCAUCAGUGAUGUCAGCAGUUGCCUUUCAAUAUCAUCUUUAACAUCAAUCCCUUCUGAAGAGGAACAAAAGUACCUACUUGAGGAAAUUGAUAGACUGUUACCUUUCCAAAGGGGGGUCACAUCUUGCAAGCUGUUAUUUGGUCUUCUGCGGACAGCAAUCAUCCUAAAAGCCAGCCCUUCUUGCGUGUCAAACUUGGAGAGACGGAUAGGUAUGCAGCUUGAUAAGGCUACCCUGGAAGAUCUUCUGAUUCCAAACAUCUCUGAGUCUGUUGAAACGCUCUAUGAUGUGGAUUGUGUCCACAAGAUUCUUGACCAUUUCUUGGCAAUGGAUCAAGAAACUGGUGGGGCUUCCCCUGGCCUUGGUGAAGAUGCACAAAUGUUAGCUUCACCAUCACUUAUGCCUAUAACAAUGGUCGCUAAGUUGAUUGAUGGCUACCUAGCUGAAGUUGCACCAGAUGUCAACCUAAAGCUGCCAAAGUUUCGGUCUUUGGCUGCUGCUAUACCAGAUUAUGCCCGGCCAAUAGAUGACGGACUUUACCGUGCCAUUGACAUCUAUCUGAAGGCGCAUCCUCACCUGUCUGAAUCAGAGAAGGAAGAACUUUGCCGGGUGAUGGACUGCCAGAAGCUCUCUCUCGAGGCCUGCACUCACGCGGCUCAGAACGAGCGGCUCCCGCUGCGCGUCAUCGUGCAGGUCCUCUUCUUCGAGCAGCUCCAGCUACGGAGCUCCAUCGCCGAGUGCCUCAUGGUCUCCGAGAACCUCGAAGGCGGCUCGAGGCAGCUCAUCCCCACCAUCUCCGGCGAGCAAUACCGCCCCGGCUGGCCCCUGGCCUCCCGGGAGAACCAGGCCCUCCGGGAGGGCAUGGACAACAUGAAGCAGCGCGUCGCCGACCUGGAGAAGGAGUGCUCCACCAUGAGGGAUGAGAUCGAGCGGCUGGGCCGCAGCCGGAGCACCGGCAAGGGCAGAUUCUCCCUCAACAUGAAACCACAGAUUUGCAGCACCAAGGAGGCUAUUCCGACGACAGCGACGACAACGGCGACGGCGAGCGAGGAGAAGAUGGCCGUGGUGAAGGGUGACACCACGCCACGGCUGAAGCUCAGCAGGCACAAGAAGAAGCUGUCCAUAGAAGCAUGAUGAUGAUGAUCCGCUGAUCACUCACACUACCAAUCCUUUUCACUUUUCUUCUUCUCUGAAUUCUUGAUAAUCGAGUGCCAUCAGCUCAGUAGAUGUGUUGCCGUGUUGGUGUCGUAACUGCGAACUUAGUGAGUUGUUGUUAGAGUGUUUUACAUCCAUCCAUCCAUCCAGCAGGAGGAGAAUCUAGUGAAAGAGCUGUUACCUGUUCAUUUUCUGGUGCUAAGUUUUUGACAUUUUCAUCAUCAUAGUAAAAAUUGCCAAAGUGUUGUUAGCAUAUCU